AUGCCGCGCGAACCGAAGAGUAUGGGCGUGAAGAUCCUAUGGAUUUGGACUUUUGGAACCGCUGCUAUUACAAACGCGAUGCGCACCAGAAUUAGAGACAUGGAGGCACUCAUGAAUGCCGAACCACAACAACAGCAGCAGCAGCACGAUGCCGCUACCACUGACUCGUCUUUGGCGGACACGUUCAUUCUCCCUUCCGACUCCGUCAUUUCAGACGAUAAAGAUUGA